AUGACGCGUUCUGAUAGCGAUGAGUGCUGUUUGGAUUUGGAGCUGGAAAACCUUUCUGCUGAAAACGAUUCUUUCUUUUGUGAAUACCGCCUUCGAAGGCUGAAGGAGCUUCAGCAAUCUGUCCUCAAGCCAGUGAAAGACAGCAGCAUGCCUCAUUACGGAUAUUUGCAUUCUGCUCAAAACGAGGCCGAGGUUUUCGAGUGGACCACAAAGGAGCCCCUGGUUAUCAUCCACUUUUUUCUGCCUUCAUUCAAAACCUGUGAAGUUUUAGACUGCCAUUUGAAGGUAUUCGAUUUGGCAUCAAUUGUUUUGAAAGAAACUAGCGGCUCUUCAUCCAAUGAUCCGAUGGGCUCGUAUGGAUGUGCUGGAUGCGCCCUUUCUGACGCAAAAGCUAGCAAUCAAGGUGCUUCCAUGUCUGGAUGUAUUUUUAAACGGUAUUCGGACGGACAGGUAUUCUAUUUCUGCACCAUUGACACGGGUAGGAUCAUCGGAUUCGAUGAACUGGGCGGAACAACCGCAUUUACCACCGGCCAGUUGGAGAAAAGGAUUUCCCUUUCAGGUAUCGCUGAAUUCGCUCAAUCCAAGGCAUUUUUAAAAAGGUCUCCCCAAACAACAACCAUAGAUCGAACAACCACGACCGCUCUGACCGAGACUCUGACGACGAAAUAUAAACGCCAAUAA